GGAGAAUGAUUAUCUCCUUUACUUUUCUCAUUAUACGAAUUUGAGGAAAUGCUUUAACUAAUUGGCUACGAAGGGAUUGAGAUGAAUCUGUUGAAAAGGUGUUUGCUAAUAUAUGCCGAUGAUAUUGUACUAUUUUCUCAAACACCAGUGUGUUUGCAGAUAAGUUCUGAUAUUUUUCUUAAGUGUUGUUAUACAUGGAAAGUGAAAGUAAAGGUAGGAAAACAAAGGUUAUGAAUUUUUGGAAUCCAGGAUAACUUCCGAAAUAAUUAUUUACACACGGAAACAAUAAAUAAAGGGGAUUGAAGACUUUUCCAUGACUGAUAACUUCUAUCCAGACUACUGUAUAAAGAGGCAAAAUACAAGGGCAGGACACUCACAGGAUGCCGGCCGAAUAUGAAGUAUGAUCGGAGGCCUAUCUAGGAGGACCUUACCAAAAAUAUAUAAUAUAAGUUCACAUAAAACUUGCAUCAUACAUCUAGUGCUUAAAAAUGGCAAUGAAAAUGGACCAAGUACAUGAUGACAUUGUUCGCAGAGUGAUUGAACUACUAGCAUCACAACCUAACAAUGUGCUAGGAUUGGCAGAUUUGCAUGCUAACUUCAGUUCAGUGAUGAAAAAACAACAACUCGAACUUCUCCUUAGAAAGUAUGCCGAUCAGUUUGAAUUGUUUGAAGAUGUACUAUCAUUUGUCCGCCUUGUUAUCAAAAUUAAGGUAUGUGAAAUGCAUUGUUCAAAACAGACUUGCCCCGGAAAAAUCCCAUUCGGCACAGACUUACAUGUUUGUAAGUUUUAUAUUUUAUAUGGAAACUGCAAAUCCAGCACAUGUCAAUUUGGUCAUGACUUAACAACUGCCCAUAACAUGGAAGUUUUGAGACAGCACUUACUGGAUCAGUUACCAAUGUCUUGUGUUGAAGAUCUCCUUAAACAUUCCAUCGCUGCCACCAAGAUAUGUGAGUCUUACAACAAGAAUGGGGGAUGCAGCAAUGAUGAAUCCGGAAAACCAUGCCCAUUUCUGCAUCUAUGUAUAAACUACAUAACACGGGAAUGUAUGACACAAAACUGCCAAAGAAGCCAUUUCAUUCAUGAGAGUACAGUAAGAAAUGUCUUAGAGAAGCAUGGCAUCAGUAUGGAAAGAACACCAAAGGAGAAUUUAGCAAUAUUCAGAAUAAUAAUGCGGUCAAAUGACGGAAACUACUCCAGAAGAGAUGGACCUAUUCCUGAACCGAUGUUUGGAAGAAACGCUGCCACAGAGAUAUGUGAGUCAUACAACAAGAAUGGGGGAUGCAGAAAAGAUAAAGCCGGAAAACCAUGCCCAUAUCUGCAUCUAUGUAAAAACUACAUAAUAUGGGAAUGUAAAAGAAAGAAAUGCCAAAGAAGCCAUUUCAUCCACGAGAGUACGGUAAGGAAUGUCUUAAAGAAGCAUGAUAUCAGUAUGGGAAAAAUACCAAAGGAGAAUUUAGCAGUAUUCAGAACAAUACUGCGGGAAAAUGACGGGAAUUACUCCGGAAGAGAUGGACCUAUUCCUGAACCGAUGUUUGGAAGAGGUAGGCCACCUCAAGGGAAACUGAUAAGAUCGAUGUCAGGCAUGACUUUACAGGACAGUGGAGUUGAGCCCACUUCUAGAAGACCCCCUUUGUUUCCUGCACAAGGCGGAGAAGCAGUCAUUCCAGGCAAACGAGCCACAAGGUCUGCCUACCCGACGACUCCAGCUAGAACCAUGCGAUCCCAAAGCCCAGUGGUGCCAUUCAAUAUCAGGAGGGCUAGCCCAAGUCCUGUUGGCAGAAUGGAGCAGGCAAAAUCAGAUAUGGUAUCAGAAACUGCGGCAAACAACAUUCUUAACAAGAAGAUAUGCAUUUACUACUUGAAGAGUCGAUGCGCGUACUUUAAAAGGUGUUUUAAUUACCACUGUGAACUACUGUACCAGUGGUUCUACCGGUUUGAUGACAGUGAUAACUGGGAAACAGUCGAACCCCAGGAAAACAUGCGUAUGGAACUGCACUAUUGCGAUCCAGCCAACGUUGAAUACAAUUUGUUUAUUGAAGAUAUGUCGGUGCAACUGAAGUUCAAGACCAUGAAAGCAGAGGGUGGAGGCAAGCACUUGACAUUCCAUCGGUUGUCAACAGAGACGUCGGCAAUUUUGGAUUCACACCCCCUUGCAACAAGCUGGCAGUGGUUUUGGAUGGGAGGGAAUGGGGAUUGGAAUAAAUAUGGUGAUGAUGCAGAUGGAUACCGUUCUACAAUCUCGAGCCAAGAUCUAGAACAAGCUUACAUCUCAAACCCCGAUGGCCAGCUAAAUUUUACUACUCAAGGGCAUGAGUAUGUUCUAGACUUUGCAAAUAUGGUGCAGCGUAACCUUUUCUAUACGACGGAGCGAGAAGUAUCAAGACGACCAAAGUUCGUAUCUAAAGAUGAGUUAGAAAGACGCAAGAAACAACCAAUAAUACAGAAACCUGCAGGAUCUGCAACAUCAGGGUUUGUCCCUGUCGCUCCGCCACACUGGAAUCUGAGACCAACCGAUGAACUGUUGAACCAUUGUAAGCUCAUUCCACUGGAUGAGCGGAAUUCCAGUAUGAAAAUUGAGUACAAAAAGAUUGAAAGCAUGUUUUUUGAGACCAUGUCUAGAAUGACGGACACUAUUGUGUCGAUCUCCAGGGUGGAAAAUGGUGACCUUUGGUAUAACUAUCUUAGUAAAAAAGAUAAACUGAAAAAGAGGAACAAGGGCGUAGAUGUGGAGGAAAGACAACUCUUCCAUGGCACCAGUAAUGACACCGUGGAGGCCAUCUACAGACAAGGUUUUGACUUCAGGCUGAGUGGAACUGCUUCAGGUACAGCUUAUGGAAAAGGCAGCUACUUUGCAACCACUGCCAAAUACUCAAACUGCUACACAGACAGACAGAAGGAAACCAUGGGGAUGUUCAUUGCUAAGGUGCUAGUUGGAGAUUACACAAUUGGAGAUAAAUCAUACACUAGACCACCACAGAAAGACCCCCUUGAUCUGUCGAGUCCUUUGUAUGACUCUUGCGUUGAUAAUGUUAAAGAUCCAAAGAUUUUUGUUAUCUUCGAACUUGGUCAGGUGUACCCGGAAUACUUGAUAAAAUACUCUAAAAAAGUCUGAUUUCUCCCCGUAGUUUUUGUGCUAUAUUUCAAGAUGACAAAUAUCAUUUGAUCGAUUCCAAAGCAUCUUUUGAAUUUAGCCUAAGGAAUGAAAAUAUCACUUUUAAGCACUCCUUAUUGAAAAUCCAUUGUAGUACCUUUCCCUAGAUCAAAAGUAACACAUCACUUUAAAACCAGAAAAUGUUGCCAAUAAUUUGAUAUUUAUGAAAGGUUGCUUAAAUUUAAAUAACGUUUUUUUUUUUGGAAAAAUGACCUUUUAUUAGAAAAAUUGUAAUCCUAUUCUUCAAACGUUUUAUUGAACUUUAAAGCUGAAUGUUCGAACAUUUGUUUUCGUACAAAACAAAUUACAAAUGAAAACAACUGCUCGAACAUUUGUUAUGUUAUAAAAAUAUAUUAUCUAUCACAUGUAUUCAAACAGUUUGACUUUGUAAUACGAACUUCCCUUAAGAUAAACACAAUAUUCACUGAUGAUUUUUAUCCCCCCCCACGCCUCAAAUUUUUUCACCAACCUAGCGUGGUCUUCACUCUUUAUCAGUGAACGACCCGUCUUCAAGCAAAUUAGACUAGUAUCUGACAGUGAAUAAUAAAUGAAUACUCAUGUAUCAUGUAACAAACUCUAAAACUAUGAAAAAUCUUUUAAAUCCAAUGAUAACCCGCAAUUCUUUUGCUAACACGUUUGAACUUUCAAAUUUUCAUUCAAUAAAUGGCGGCGUAGUAAUUUGGUCAUGUAUUCAUACCCAGUUUAAUUUAAAAGUCGUGCAUUAACUGUUAUAUUUUGGAACAUAGUUGCAUUAGUAAAACUUCAUUUUUAAUGUUCAUUAACAAUUUAUAUUAAAACAAAAACCCGACUCAACAAUAAACUAUAAAAAACACUUUUACGGAACUAUUUAUCCACGAACCGAAAAUAAAAAAAAUGACAGUUAUCAACUGUUGACUUUGAUUGAGGGGCGUCCCAUGGGUAACGGCGUAACCAACUCUCUUUUCAAGGGGGGGGGGGGGUGGUAUACAGAAAAAAUCCGAAAAUAACCCUAAAAGAAAUAGACCAUUGUGUUGAUUUCAGUGUAAGAUCGUAUUUAAUUUCACUCGUGAUCAUGGCAAAACAAUAUUUUCUAUGACACUCGUGAUAUAAAAUACGAUCGUACACUGAAAUCAAAAUAUAUCCUCUAUGUAUAUCAUUGAUUUAUUCAUAUGGUAAUAUAUAUGAGUGUAUCAAACCUCAUCAUGUUUGACUUCAUAUUGAAUCUUUAGCAGUCGGUGUAAUUAAUGAUCAUUUUAAUAUUAAAACAUUGGGUGAUUGUUGUCAAUAAUUAUGGUUUUGUUGUUCCUAAUAGCUAAUUUAUUGGUCCCAUCCAUUCUAAGUAGUCACACUGUCUGUUCGUCCGUGUCUACGCCCGUUUCACUUGGAUUAAGAUGUGAUUAACCUAUUUGGACCAAACUUCAUAUAAAUGUCCAGCAGUAUGGGAUGGUGCUUCUCACAUGACACUUAUACUCUCGCCUCAAUGGUCAAUGUUAUACUUUGAUGUCAACUGGCUCUCACUCGGACUAGACCUGAUCGGUGGCAUUUAUCACAUUCCUGUGAUAGCUUUUUUUAUCAAAUUGCUCAUGUUUAAAUACAUUUUUGCGCAAUAAAAUGAUUAAGUUUAAGAGCAUGAAAUGUGCUUAAGUAAUUAUUGAUUUAAACACUCACAAAGAAAGACAUAUUGAACGUAAUUAAUAAGUUUUAUUAAGAGUUAACACAUGCUUUGAUAGGAAAACAUAUUUUCUGGAAGAUGUUGUUGCUAGGCAACCAAAUAUUUUUUUUCAAAACCAAGCAAAUAUUCCACAUCCAUGUCCAAGAAAAAAAAACGCAUUAACAAUAUGGAUGGAAUACGUUUGCCAUCAUUUAAAUAUAUGAACAGGGUACACAAGCUAAAAUGUUUAAAAAAUCUCUAACUACAGUGAAACGUUAGGGAAAACAAAGAAUUGUUAGAUUGGAUUAUUAACCAAAUUUAGAAGAAGAAUCCUGUUUUUAAAAUUAUUUAGUGAUAAUAUGAUAAAUAUAAUUUAACAACUCAUUUACGUACUUGACUCAUACAGCUUUUAAGUGAAUAACUAAGAAGUGAACAUUAGUUUCUUAGGAACGUAGCAUUUUAUAAGUGUGUUGCUAAGCAACCAUGAAAUAUGUAAAAGUUUCCCUUAUUCAAUAUGCAAAAAAAAAUAAUAAACUUUAUGCCAUACUCGGUUUAAAAAGGAUAGGAUCAGUAAUACUUAUUUUUCAAUGUUAAAAAUUAAAAUACGUAAAAAGUAGAUAAAAAAUCUAAUUAUACUCAUUUACAUAAAGGUAGGGAAAAAAAUAUAUUGAGUCAAAUCUGCUCAGAUGUGAAAACUGUUAAUUUUAAAUCAAUGCAUUGAUCAUAAUGACAGAUCAUUUCAUUUUAAAAUUAAUCAAUCAUUCAUUUCAGUUGUCAUCAGCUAGAAAUUGAAAUUAAGCAUAAUAUAACCUCUUAAUUUUAAAUAGUUUUCCCUUUCUAUUUGAAAAACAUUACUUUCAUUACAAAAAAAGAAGAAAUUAAAUAUAUAAAGUGAACUGAAUUAUACAAAUAUAUUACAUGUAUAUUCAAUAAAAUGUAUGUUCUGAAUAAAAAUGACAUGUAUGGUCAAGCAGGGCAAAUAAAACUGAAUUUGAUAGUUGUUGAGUAAUGCGUGUAUCAUUUAAACAAUAGACAAUAGACGAGUGUUUGACGCUUCUCUUUGAUAUUGUUAUUGUGUUUGUGAAGCGUAGCUUUAGAUAACAUGAUGUAUAUUUUACUCUUAUGAAAUAUUAUUUCAUGUGUCAUGUACUUAUUAGCACUCUUAGCAGUUUUAUUUUGACUGUAAUUAAAUUACAAACGGCAUGUGUUACACGAAAUGUGUUGAUUUUAAGGGCUUUCCACAGUGCAAAAGUGGGUGGGGAAGGCCAAAAGUAAAUAUCCUUUCAAGAGUUCUUGUUUUGUUUAGUUUUGAGGAACUUACCAGUAUUAUGGCUUAACUAAUUUAAACUGUUAUAAAGAGAAAAAAACAUGCAUCCUUAACAACAUGUUUAGUGUGAUAAGGAGUUGAGCAAUAUUAACAAAAUACUUUUUUUAUCUGAUUUUGAUAUACAAUAUAAUUAUAUGUUUGUGUCGAAAUGCUUCAAACUCCCCAGUCAACAAUAUAUUAUGAUUUCCUAAUAAUAUUUUCAAAAAAGAAAUAUAUUAAAAAAAUAGUGAAUUCAAUUCAUUUCCUGGUUAUUAAAAUGCGAAUACAUUUCUUAAACUGGACGAAAACACGGUGGAAGGCUUUUCAGCAACAGCUAUUGUUUGCUAAGUGUUUGAUGUAAGUACCAAUGUGUGUUAUAUAUUAUUAAAUAUGUCAUAUUGUUGUUUCAUGUGCAUAUUUUUAGGCUGAAAUCUCAUGAACUGUUAUACUUAUAUCUAGUUUAAUAACGUAUAGCUAAUAUUUAGCUCACCUGAGCAUGAAGUGCUUAGGAUGAGCUAUUGUGAUCGUCAUAUAUCAGCCGACCUUCGUCUAGCAUCAACAUUAGCUAAUCUUAAACAUUUUCGUCUCUGAAACUCCAUGGCCUAAACCCUUGUUGAUUGGAAUGCAGCCUCACGUUAUGGUCCUUUACCACGAUUGUUCAAAUUAUGAACGUGGUGUCAAAAGUUUUACCGCCCGGGCAACAGUACUCUAUAUACUUAAAUAGUAAUAUCAUCUCCUAAACCGCAAAGCAUAGACCGCCUUGAUGCCGUAGGUAGUGGUGCUUUACCAAGAUUGUUCAACUUCUGUCCCUGUGGUAAAAAUUAGCCCCGCUCCGACGGUCACAUGUUUAAUGGGGGUCCCAGGUUUUCAAUAUACGUUUAAAGUAAAAAAAAAUAAUUCUGAAACCGCAUGGCCUAGACUUUUGGUAUUUGGUAUGCUGAUGUAGUGGUUCUUUACCAAUAUUGUUCAAAUCAUGUUCCUGGGGUAAAACAUGGUUGAGUCCAUUUGGAGUUGAAAUCAUACUCGAGAGUACAAGAUUUCAAUUUAAUUCAGAUUGUGAACCAUACCUUCACUAAUGUACAAAACUAUUUUCAAGAACUUGUAACAGUUUGUGCAUACUAACAGUUUUAUAUUAACAUGUGAGCAGUGAAUAUAUCAUUAUCUUACAAAAUAUACCUUAAAUUUUGCAUACAUGUAUAGCAACAGUCGGCUACCAUUGUCAUUAGAUCCGUUGUCCCUGGAGCAACAACCUGUCAAUAGCUGAACUAUUGUAUGCAUUAUUGUAAUUGUUUCAAUGUUGAUUUGUGACAAGUGUUAUUUCAUAUCAUAUCGUUUUGAAAUUGCUCUCAUCAUAUGUUAAAUGCGUGUUUUGCCUAUCAAAUCUCUCUCGUUUUAAAGACAUGAGCAUGAUUCAUCUGUUUAAAAGAGGAGAUACAAAAUCGAUAAAAUCGUUUAACAACAAAUGACAUGAAAUAAAAGGCUGUAUCAUCUAAAGCAGAAGCAUGUACUGGGUAAAGUCACUUUUUAGGUCAUUUUGCUUGAUUAUCUUUCAAGAGUUACAUGCCCUUUCGAACAGAUUUAUUUAAACUAAGUGCAUAACCUGCUUUGACGGUAACUGAUAUAGCACAGUUGGCAAAGAACCAAGCUAUGAAGCUGAAGGGAGCUGGUUCGAAACCGUGUAGCUCUAAUGCUCUUUUUCUUUUGUUGCUGCUGUUGUUUUUAUUUUUAUUAAGUGUUGUCUGUUUUUAUGGUGUUGUAAUGCCAUAGGAAACUUGUUUUAAACGUAACCGUUUUGUAUUUGUUGAUGCACUGAAUGUUGUUGCACUGUAUUUACUCAUAAGUCGAUAUAUGCCAUACAUUUUUAUCACAUGCUUACUCUUGUUUUCCGUGUAAUAUACCCAUUACGAAUAUUUUUAUCUUACACAUGUGUAAGAUAAGCUAUCAGACAUUUCUAUUGGCUAGACUAAUCAUACGCAACCUAGAUAUCCCUCCGCAUUCUUUGUAAACAAAAUGGUUUAAAUGCCAACAAAUACUUACCUCAAUAAUGAAGCUGUAAGACUUCGGGGGGACAAAUGGCUAACGAAUCAUAGUGCCAGAAAGCAUCUUGUACAAAACAUUUCUGAUAACAAUGUUCCGCCAACCAGAUAAUGAAGAUCAUUAGUCACAGAAAUAUCCUGUCAGUCAACAAAUACAGCCACAUUAGUGACAAACACCACAAACACAUUUCAAAUAUUUCCAACUUGACCAACACAAGCAAUAUGCAAUCAAUGUCAUUUGCUUGCCAGUUUAAUCAGCUGUCGGUUACCGAAAACACAAAUACAAAUUCCGCAGCACAGACAUCUCCUUACACAUCCCAUGGCGGCUAGAACAUCAUGUUCUCUGGAAACAUUCUUGGUGGAACUUUUUCAACAUCAACAUCUAUGCAGUACAGAGAAAGGCUUCGCCGUAAACAUCUGCAUGUUGUGAAACUCCAUGUACACUAAGAAAACGCUGCAAAAUCAUCGUAGAAAGCGACAGCGAAUAACUUUUAAAUCCGUGCACACAGUAAAACUUGACAGACCGAUGUAGGUCACAUGAACCGCGUAAAUGCAUGUACUCUGAGUGUGACGUCAUCAAAUUGUGUACUUAUUGGGGGGUUUUGGUUAAAAUCGUUAUUUAUUCAUGCUGUUGAAUAUUUUACUACACAUUUUUAUAGUUGUGACUUGGUAAGCUCUAUCAGAAUUAAAAUUUGAUAACUGGAAGCUACUUUUGUAAUUUUAAUUUGGAACUAUUUAUAUGGCGCAUCGUUGACAUUCUACUCUGAGUACUUUGGCUGUCAAACAAAAGAAAGUGGAACUCAAUUGGUAAUACAUACACCGUUUUAAGCAUGUGAUAAAAACGAUCUGACACUCGUUGUCAUUUUAUACAAGAAUUUAAUUAAACUCGUCAGAGGCUCGCUUACUAACAAAUUUCAUAAACUCGUUUAAUAAAAUCUUGUAUUAAAUGACAACUCAAGUCAGAUCCUAUAUAUCUAUGUUGUGUACACCUACUAAUGCUUUUGUAGUGAAAGGUUGUGGGGUUUUAUGUGUGUGUAUUAUUUACCAUAAUUAUGGCUUAACUAAUUUAAAUUUAGAUGUGAUUGUUUUAUUGUUGAUUUUGUGACUUGUAUUAUUUCAUCUAUAGCAAUCUUAAAUAGUUCUACACGUAUAUUCCGUGUGUGUUUGCCUAUCAAAAUUUCUCCCAUUGAAAAAAAACAUGAGCAUGAUUCACCUGUUUAAAAAAAUAAAUACAAAUUAUUAUUAAAUCGAUAAAAUCGUUAAACAAAAAAAUGACAUGAAAUAAAAGGCUGUAUUAUCUAAAGUAGUAUCCUGUAUUGGGUAAAGUCACGUUUUAACGUCAUUUUGCUUCAAGAGUUACUUUCCCUUUCGAACAUACUUUUUUAAACUAAGUGCAUGACCUGUGUUGCCAGUAACUGAUAUAGCACAGUUGUCAAAGUACCGGGCUAUGAACCUGAAGGAAACUGGUUCGAAACCAUGUAGCUCUAAAGCUCUUUUUCUGUUGUUGUUGUUGUUGAUGUUGUUGUUGUUGUUAUUGUAAAGUGUGAGUAGUUUAUUUAUAGUGUUGGAGGUGUUUGGGGUAUUUGCUGGUAUUUGAUUUUUAUUUUAUCGCGAAACAUUCUUCAUUUCACUUAAUUCAAAACUGCAUCCUUUGAGGCUGUGUCUGUCUCAGACCGAUUACUUGUGUCGGAAUAAGACUUCAGACUGCCAAUAAAGCAAUGUUCAAACUUUGACUAAACUUAGGAGCUCUAAAGAACAGGUUUGGUUUGCUACACCCAAACGAUUUGCAGACACAAUUGCUUAAGUUCGUUAUAGAUCUUCACGGGUGUCUUUGUCUUGUAACAUAAAUCUUUCAGUUUAAAAAAAAAACAAACAUAAAAAAGCAAAGUUUAAUCUACAACAUAUACACACUGAACUUGAAAUCAUAACUAUAGAUAUUGGCGAUUAUAAGUUCGAUGCGCUAUCGCCGUUGCCAUCCUGGCUUUAGUAAUAAACGGAGUUGAUUACCUAAAGUACGAGUACAUCCAAAAAAGUUUUAUUUUAAAGGUACAUUCACGACUUAUUGCGUUAAAUGUAUCUAUUCACUUUUUAGCUUAUACAAUGCGAUGACAAAUUAAGUAGUUGUAGAAGUGGUCAGUUUUGAAAAUUGAAUUGUUUCUUAGUUAAAGCAUCGUAAGUGAUCAACCACUAUACUCGCCAUAAGGAACUUGUUUUAAACGUGUUUUGUAUUUGUUGAUGCACUGAAAGCAAGGUUUAUGCACUGUAUUUACUAGUUAGCCAUUAGAUGCCAUACGUUUCUCUAUAUUUGCACUUAUUGCUUAUUAAUGCCUUUGAAGUGAAAAUAAAA